AUGAAGGAGCUGCAAAUGUUUCCAAAAGAUAAAGAUGUGAGGACGAAGUGGGAAGGGGCUUUGAGGAGAGAAGGAUUCACUGCAAGUGAUUAUUCAAUUGUCUGCAGUCAACAUUUUAAGCAGGCUGACUUUGACAGGACAGGUCAGAUUGUUAGAAUACUUGAUGGUGUUAUUCCAUCCCUCUUCAGCUUCCCGGUUCACCUCCAAAAAUUGGUAAAGGGCAGGGCUACGUCUACCUCCAGAAGAGCUGACAAAAGCCUGUCCGUGGCCUCUAAGGAUUCCCCAGAAUUGACAACCUUACACCCACAACCUCAGCCUAAUGAUGAUCAUGGAUAUGCCUUGCCUGCUUCUCCUACCGCUGUUAAGGCUAAAAUCAAUCAACAUUUGGCAAGAUUGGAAAGUCUGGAGCGAGAAAAGAAGAAUACCAUGUCCAGAGAAAAGAGGGCAAAGACCACAGUCAAGGCUCUUUUGGGGGAUUUGAGGGGAAAAAACCUCAUUAAAUAA